AUGCACGCCGCCGCCGCCGCCCGUCCGACAUUACUGCCCACCUCCGUCGAUCCCGUCCUCGCCCCCUCCCCCUCCCUCGCCCCCGUCCUCGUCCUCGUCCUCGUCCUCACCCUCGACCUCACCCACGACCUCACCCACGUUUCCGCCCUCGCCCCCGACCCCGCCUCUCCCGCUGUCCAGCGGUGGCAGAUGGAUUUUGCGCGCACCCGUGCUGGGUCGCUUGCCACGACGCGUCCGCCCCUGCUCGUCCUCGGGAAGGCGGGGCAGGCCGCGACGGACGACGAGCGUCGGGGCACGGGGUUUGGCAUGAUGGGCGGAAGUAAAACACGUUCCUUGCUUCUGACGAUCAUGGCCAGCAACACCGACUGGGUCAAUAGCUACGAACUCGCGGUCGCGGACUUGCGCAUGCACCUUGACGCCGUCGCCCGCCACCGUCGCAUGAUCGACAGUGUCGGUCAGGAUGAUCAUGCCAUCGCCCGCGUGCGCGCCCUGGACCGCCGUCUGUACGACACGCAUCUCCCUGGCGACCUCUUCCAGCAGUUCGAUACCCGCCGUGUUUCGACGCCGCUCACUUCCGAGACACAAACGUCCCCGAAUCCGCCUGCAUCCCGCGCACUGACACCAACACCUGCUUCCGACACACGCGCGCAUACACCCGAGCACGUGCGGACACCCACACCAGCACCCACACCCGCCCAUACACCGUCGCCGUCGCCCGUGUCCGCUCCCCCUCGUCGCCCUCGGCCAUCCGCCGCCUCUGCGGAGGAGGACAUCCAGGCCCUACUCGGAGCCAACCUCUGGCAGUCGCCCCUCUCAAGCGCACAGAUUGCCCAGCUCGCCGGCCUCAGCAGUACUCAGACAAGGAGACGGCGGAUCGCGCUUGCAAACGCCGUCCGUGGCGUUGCGCCCGGUAUUACGGCCGACAGCUGGAAGGAAGCCUUCGCGAGAUCGGCUGACAGUGAAGACCUGUUUGCGCUUCAGCAGGAAUUCCUCGUCGGAAAGCAGUCGAUCAGCGUGCUGGCCCUGCAGCACAACUUCACGGGCGAGUUCGCCUUCGUGAACAGGAUGCUUCUCAAGCUUUUCGACGUCACCUUAGCUCGCCGAUGGUACGCGUCGUCGACCCACGACAGCCAGUUCGCGACCCACUUCUAUCGCCGACUCUGGGCAGAGACAGAGGAGGGCCGCGCGGCGCUUGCGUCCGGGCCCGCGGAGCAGGUGUUCAAGGACCGUAAGAAGGACAUCAACAAGUUUGCGCGCUCACAGCAGGUGCACGUCACCGCGCGCAACCGCCUCCUGAGGCUAUUUGCCAGGUUUGGGCCCAUCGUCCUCCUCGAUCCCUGCUGGGAGUACGAUAUUCUGCUCAGCACGACGAACGGUCCAAAGGCGAUGAACACCGCCCUCGCAUACUAUGAAGCCUUUGUGAACGAGACUAGCAGAGGAACACGGCAGAAGCUGUACUUGCGCGCCGAGGAAGCUGUCAUUGCGCUGACAGCCGCAGCUUGGCGCCGUCCCGAGUAUACAGAUAUCGUCCGCGGACAGCUGUGGGAGCUUAGAGUACACGCCGCAGUCGCUUUUACGUAA